ACAACUUGACUGUCCCAAACUCACCACACCCUCCCCAUUGCCCAAUCUCAUCACCAUGGCCUCCAAGAACGCCUCCAGAGCUCUCCGCGCCUCGCUGAGGCAGCUGAAGGCACCUGAGGUGCAGCGACGCACCUUCAUCACCGCUGUCAACUCGGCCAAGCAGGGCGUGCGAUCAGCGCCCAAAGCCGCGACAUCUGCCAUUGUGCACCAGACACGCGGCAAGAAGACUGUCGACUUCGCCGGCGACAAGGAGGUCGUCUACGAGCGCGCCGACUGGCCACGUGAGAAGCUGUUGGACUACUUCAAGAACGACACACUCGCCCUCAUCGGAUACGGCUCGCAAGGCCACGGACAGGGGCUCAACCUCCGCGACAACGGGCUCAAUGUCAUUGUUGGUGUGCGCAAGGGCGGCGCCAGCUGGAAAGAGGCAACACAGGAUGGUUGGGUUGAGGGCAAGAACCUCUUUGACAUCGACGAGGCCAUCUCCAAGGGAACCAUCAUCAUGAACCUCCUUUCCGACGCUGCGCAGUCCGAAACCUGGCCACACAUCAAGCCACAGCUCACCAAGGGCAAGACCCUCUACUUCUCCCACGGCUUCUCCCCAGUCUUCAAGGACCAGACCAAGGUUGAGGUGCCAUCGGACAUUGAUGUCAUCCUCGUUGCACCCAAGGGCUCUGGGCGCACUGUCCGCACUCUCUUCCGCGAGGGUCGUGGCAUCAACAGCUCCGUCGCUGUCUGGCAAGACGUCACUGGCAAGGCUGAGGAAAAGGCCAUUGCUCUCGGCGUGGCUGUUGGCUCCGGCUACAUGUACAAGACCACCUUCGAGAAGGAGGUCUACUCUGACCUGUACGGUGAGCGUGGUUGCUUGAUGGGAGGUAUCCACGGCAUGUUCCUCGCCCAAUACGAGGUUCUCCGCGAGAACGGCCACUCUCCUUCAGAGGCAUUCAACGAGACUGUCGAGGAGGCCACACAAUCGCUCUACCCUCUGAUUGGUGCCAACGGUAUGGACUACAUGUACGCCGCCUGCUCCACCACGGCCCGCCGUGGUGCCAUUGACUGGAGCAAGCGCUUCAAGGAGGCCCUCAAGCCCGUCUUCGAUGACCUCUACGACUCUGUCAAGACUGGCAAGGAGACGCAGCGCACCAUGGAGUACGCUGGUCGUCCAGACUACCGCCAAGCUUUCGAGAAGGAGAUGGAGGAGAUCCGUGAGCUCGAAAUCUGGAGAGCCGGUAAGGCUGUCCGUAGCUUGAGACCUGAGAACCAGUAAAAAGGGGGUUAGACAUCUUGAGCAGAGGGGCGGACGGAUACCACAACCAAUUUUCCCAUGCGUACACUCGCCGGAUCUGAGAUGAAAAAACAAAAUCUAUCCAUCCUCUACCAGGACGAUCCGAAUCUCUUGUGUCUUGUGCGUGAAAUAAAGGAUUGGGGGGGACGUACGGGGACCUUUCUUCUUCUCCUUCGGAAGAGCCUCAUUGAAAGGGGCCCUUCUCCGAAGAAAGAGAGAUAAAGACCAAAAGAAAAGCAUAGCUGUCUGUAAUCUAGCUUUUACACUUUCCUACCACCACCUGACGCGAAAUCGCCCUGCUGUAUUACUUUUAGAAUGGAAAAAGGGGGAGAGAGGGGAGGGAGUAUAUGCGAUUUCUGUACUAAAAAAGAAAACAAAAAAUAAAAGGAUGUGUUUUAUUGAUAUAUU